AUGGCUGUCAAGCUAGAUAUGUCCAAGGCUUAUGAUAGAGUGGAAUGGAUGUUUUUAGAGAAGCUUAUGGAGAAAAUUGGUUUUUGUCCUAAGUGGAUUCAAUGGAUAAUGGAAUGUGUAACUAGUGUGACUUAUUCUGUGAACAUUAAUAGGGAAAAAACUGGGUUUAUUAGGCCAAUUAGAGGUUUGAGACAGGGGGAUAUUUUGUCUCCUUACCUUUUUCUGAUUUGUGCUGAAGGGUUUUCGUCUCUGAUUAAGCAAGCUAAUAGUCAAGGUUCCUUGACAGACGAUUCCUUGAUCUUCUGUAAAGCAAGUGAGGGAGAGGCAGGCCAGCUAAGGAGGAUUCUGGAGGUGUACAGGAAGGCUUCAGGUCAGUUGAUCAACAUGGAGAAGUCCUCACUGUUCUUCAGUAGGACUGUGGGUCAAAGACAGAAGAUGGAGGUGAUGAAUGUGCUCCAGGAAAUGCAGCAGGUCUCUCAAAGCAAAUAUCUGGAAUUGCCUCUAGUUAUUGGUAGAUCAAAGAGACAAGUCUUUGAUUUUAUAAGGCAAAAAACAAUAGCUAGAUUGAAAGGAUGGAAGGAGAAAUUGCUAAGUUUAGCUGGGAAAGAGGUGCUUCUGAAAUCUGUUAUUAUGGCCUUGCCCACCUAUGUUAUCUCCUCAUGUCUUCUCCCAAAAAUAUUGUGCAAGGAGAUUUGCUCAGAAAUGACAAAGUAUUGGUGGGUCAGAAGGAGAAGGAGCAUAAGGUGCAUUGGCUAA